AACCUGACGGCCGGCCAAACGCGACAGUCAGUCAUCGUGCACCUCACCUAAUUCAUAACCGCACCUCACCAUCAAAGCUGCCGCAAUCGCCCAGCAGUAUUGUGCUAUCGGCCAAAAUGAACGUCCAACUACCGCCCAUCGAUUAUGCCACCAUGCCCGAGUGGCGGUGGCCAGCCGAUAAACUCGGCAUCGAUAUGACGACGCUAUUUACCGACAUCUACCAAAAGUACAACAUGCAGCUUUCGCCCAUCCAGCAGGCCGAAGCCUUCCACCACGACGUUUGCGAGAUUGCGACGUGCGCAUCCACAGAGGAGGAGUUUUACCGCCUGCUCGGCGAACGGAAAGAACAGCGCCUGGCGGAAUUGAGAAACUCCUUCAACAAAAUCGCCACUGCGAUCACUCGCCAUCCGGCUUUAACCAGCCAUGUCCCCAAUCUCUGGGAAUCCAUCGUCAGCUUCGCCCAUCGUCGCACCUUUGACAACCUCGUCAAACAUCUCGCCAUUUUUAUCCCGGACGGCUACUUCGAAAAGCAACAACAACUGCUCGAUGGCAAUAAGGCGAAAUUGGCGAGAUUGGCGGGCAAACCUUACCGGGGCAUCGAUGCGGACGGUAAACGAGUUGAUGGCAGCAGCGACCCCCCGGAGAAGCCGGACUUGCCACACUUACCUCUUUCGCCCCUGCCUCCGAUGCCGCCGCGGGGCAGCUCGGGGCCGAAAGAGCACCCACCCGAGCUGCAGCCGCCUAUCCCGUCGCCGCCGCGAAGCAGUUCAGAUUCCGAAAACCAGUCGCCCGAACAGCAGUCGCCCGAACAGCAGCCGCCCAUAGCGCCGCCGCCGCAAUCACCGCCACCGCGCCCCGCGGCCCGGGUGAGAGACGCCGGAACCCAGACAAUGGAGGGCCGCGUGACCAAGAGGAAGCCCGCAGCACCCCGCAGGACGGGCGGUGCCGCCGUCCCCAGGAAGCCAGCCAGGGUAGCAGCACAGGCGGAGGAGUCAGUCGGCGGCAGCGGCGGCGGCGGCGUAUCAAGAUACAAUCUACGGUCCAGACAAGGCGCCAGAACCACAGGGAGGACCCGUGAGCAGCGGGGUGCGAUCACCAGGGGCCGUCGGCAGAGGACGCGUGCUUGAGGCAUAAAAGAGAACAAUACAGAGGAAAGGAUCGAUUGCGAUUGGGAGUACAGGGUAAAGAUUGGCUAAUAGCCGCACACCUGUUGUUUUAAGCAUUGCAUGGCGCUAUUGGAUGGAAGGAGGCGGGAGGCACACUGGCGUUUUUGAUUUUGGGCUGCUUUGGUACCAUGUCGCCAUUAUUUUUAGGUUGAUAGCCACCUUCCCGUUGACCCGGGGCCGCAGCGUUUUUAUCCGCGCUCCACGCGGUUUUAAUGCUCCUGCCGCUACCACUAUGGUGUUGCCAUGCGCUUAAGUCGCCGACGGUGGGGCGAGGACGAGGUAUGGAUGGUAGUGGAGGUGGUGGUGGUGGUGACAGCCGAGACCGCAGGCGCCCCGGAAGCUCGCAGGAUGCUGCUUGGGCCGUUGCUCGUGCUGGCCACCUUCCUUUUCUUCGACCUCAGUUCGGGACGUCUUUCUCCUCCUGCUCGUUUGUCGAGGGCUUGCGUCUCUUGCUUCGUCCUUCUUGCGAUAGGGGGUUGCUCCUGCUGGCCGGCGCCUCCUCCGUCUCGUUUGUCGUGUCCUUGUCUGUCGUGUCCUCGUCCGUCUUCCCCAUCCGCCUGCGCUUCCCUAACCGUGGCUUUACGACGUCCUGCAGUUUGUCGGUGUUGUUUGCGGGCCUCCUUUUCUUGCUACUGCAAGUUUUGCUGCUACUGCCCUCGCCUGCCACAGCAUUUGGCCCCGGCCCCGGCACCCCUCCGGGUCUUUUUGCAGCUCCUUGUCCCUGUGCGCCCUCGGAAGCUCCUUCAAAGCCCCGAAGGAGGUCCAAAAAGGCCUGCAGCUCUGUUGGCCACGUUGCUACCAGGUUGAGCUUACGCCGUACCGCCGGCGAUACCCCGGCGGCGAGUAGAGCGAUUAGGGCCCCUGGGGACCAAUCUUCGCACCCGCAGCGUCUCUCUCCCUAUCCCAACGCGCCAAAAACUCUGCCAGUGGCUCGCCCCCCGAGGCGGGAUCACGAGUGUAUAGAUCAGGACCUUCCACGCCUCUUUGGAGAUCCACGGAGGGGAUUUUCACGCUUUAAUUAAUCCCUUAUCCCUGUUUCCUGGUUGGCCUGCCAGAUCCCUUUAUAGAUCCCCGGUGCUGGACGAUUCUAACCGCUCCAUUCCUUGAGACAAGCUCCAAUAAUGAACUUCCACAGGGUGGCCAGAAUUCUGCCGAGCGCAUACAUAAGUCCGCCAUCACCCCCCGCACCCGGAUCAUCCCCAGCACAAGCCUGCGCAUCGUCCACAUCCGUGGUGCCCUUAUCACCCAUGCCGCAGUCAUCCAGUACCUCGCCGUCUAUAACAGCGCGGAGCUUGAGCCCUUCGUCUUUGUUGUAUACGCGUAAGCCCAUCACACACAUCUUGUCCCAUGACUCCGGCCUCGGCUUUUCCGAAGCCUCGACUUCCCCAGGCGCUUGCUCCCCCUUGGCUUUCUCAGCCUUGGCGUCCUUCUUGAUAGCUUCCUUUUCAGCACUCUCUGCCGCGGCCUCGCGCUCCACCUCACGCUUGCCAUGUCCCCGUCGUUUCGCAAGCUCCUGCUGGUACCAGGCAGCCUUGGCGUGGGCUAAGUCGUAGGCGCGCCCGACCUUCUCUAGCUUUUCGUUAUCGCCAAUGUUGCGGCACUCGUUCUCCACCACAUCGGUGACGCUUUUUUGGCCCGAUUGUCGAUAAGCCUUCACCAUAAUCCAGAUGGAGUAGUUGCCGGCCGCCAUAUCCAGGAUUUCGACGUUAGCGGUUCGCUCUAUAAAGGAGGUGCGCGAGCACGCCACGUAGUCCUCCGGGUUGGACGCUCCCUGCUUGAGGACGCGCAAGCGCAAUUUGAACACGUCUUGGCCCUCCAGGCCUCUAAAAUAGCGACUGUCGAGCUGCGAAAGCGCGAGGACGAUUAGAGGCGAAUCGCGAGUUAGGCGCAUAUGGAACUUUUCCUGCCAUUGCGUGUGCCAGGGCACGUCGACACCGAUCCAGCACCGAGAGCAGCGCCAAUCGUCCUCUCUGAAAAGGCGGGUGCGACCGAUGUAUUGGAAUUUGGAUAGCAUAUCAUCGUAGGAUAUCCAUGAACCCGAGUUGCUGCUGAACGAAUGCUGUAGCUCAGUUUGCAAUUCGGGAGUCCAUUCUUUGGACCCGUCUGAGUACGGACCUUUCCAGUCGCCUUGGCCCGUACCCCAGGGAUUUCUGUUAACCGCGUCAUUUUAUGUAUUAGCCAAAAUCCAACGAGAAAAAAAGUGUAAAAAAACAUAAGCUUACCUGAGCAGAACUACCUUGAUGUUAUCGCCGGUCGUCGUCGUUUUAGUAACGUAGUAAGCAUG